CCGUUUCCGGUCAGCCCUUCCGCCUCCUCCGCCGAGAGUCCGGAAGUGAGGGUCGCAGUCGCCUGUUGCUUUGUGGCCCCGCUGCUUCGCCUCGCUCGUCAUGGGGAAGACGGACUUCCUGAGCCCCAAGGCCAUCGCCAACCGCAUCAAGUCGAAGGGGCUGCAGAAGCUGCGCUGGUAUUGCCAGAUGUGCCAGAAGCAGUGCCGGGACGAGAAUGGCUUUAAAUGUCACUGCAUGUCCGAAUCUCACCAGCGACAACUGCUCCUUGCAUCUGAAAACCCUCAGCAAUUCAUGGAUUAUUUUUCAGAGGAAUUCCGGAAUGAUUUCCUAGAACUUCUCCGGAGAAGAUUUGGAACAAAGAGAGUCCACAACAAUAUAGUGUAUAAUGAAUAUAUUAGUCAUCGGGAACACAUCCAUAUGAACGCGACCCAGUGGGAAACUCUGACGGAUUUUACAAAGUGGCUUGGGAGAGAAGGCCUCUGCAAAGUCGACGAAACACCCAAAGGCUGGUACAUCCAGUACAUCGACCGAGACCCAGAGACAAUUCGUAGGCAGCUGGAGCAGGAGAAAAAGAAAAAACAGGACAUGGACGAUGAAGAGAAAACGGCGAGAUUCAUCGAACAGCAAGUCAGGAGGGGCCUGGAGGGAAAAGAUCAGGAAGAGCCGAUCUUCACAGAACUGAACAGAGAAAAUGAGGAGGAGAAAGUGAUCUUUAACCUGGGCAAAGGAGCCAGCACUUCAGCUGCUGCAGCACCACCCAAAGGGAGCUUGCUUGCCCCCAGCGUGCUGAAGCCCUCGGGAGCGCUGCGGAAAGAAACCCCUCCAAUUUCAAAGCAGACUAAGGAGAAAAAGAAGAGAAAAAACGCCCUCGACGAGAUCAUGCAGUUUGAAGAAGAGAAGAAAAAGACUGCCCGACUGGACUACUGGUUGCAACCUGAAAUUGUGGUCAAAAUCAUAACCAAGAAACUCGGCGAGAAAUACUACAAAAGAAAAGCCAUUGUUAAGGAGGUCAUUGACAAAUACACAGCAGUUGUAAAGUUGAUCCAUUCCGGAGAUAAACUCAAACUUGACCAGACCCAUCUGGAGACGGUGAUCCCAGCCCUGGGUAAAAAGGUGUUGAUUUUAAAUGGAGGCUACAGAGGGAACGAAGCCGUGUUACAGGGUAUCAGCGAGAAGACAUUUUCAGCCACAGUCCUCAUUGAAUCGGGACCUCUGAAAGGGCGUCAGGUGGAGGGUGUUCCAUACGAAGACAUUUCCAAGUUGGCCUCCAUUGACCAGAGGAGCUGAUGGAACCAGCGAGGAACAUCUCUUGAGAUGGCUGCAGGUUAACAAGUCCAGUAUGCUAAACUCAAGAGUUGAACCGUCAACUUCAAGGAGCAAACAAGAUUUCUGAUGGAUGCCUUAUAAAUACAGUACAUUGGAUCCUCUAUUUACGCCCUUUGUAUCUCAACCAGGGGCAAUUUCAUAAUUUUGAUUAGAUUGGUUCAUCUGCAGAACAGUAUCGGCCAUCUACAGUCCUGUCAGAGACCUUCUUGUAAUUUAUGUCUCCUGCAGAAAUGGAAAACACCUGUAGUUGGAAUCCUCUUCUACCCAUAGAGCUAAGUUAAAACAUGGUGUUAAAACUUCAGGGGGUGCCAGCAACGAGUUUUGCUUCCCCACACACAACCUGAUACAAACAUAGUCCUCCAUUCCUUUGGGUUGGGAGAGACCAGCAAUAGGAUAUCUACCACCCCAUAAAAAGCAUAACCUUUGUAAAUGGCCAGAUUUUUUUUACAAAAGUCAUCAAAACUUAUAAGACAUUGAUGGUCGUGGGCCAACCUUGUGGGGAAAAAAAUGUACCAAUUCUGAUCUAACUCAUGGAUUCUGACGGAAUCAGAGGAUCGUCAAAGAGCCUCCAAUUUUUCAUAUUUUUUUUUUUCAGACCCUCCUUGUAGAAGAAGCUAUCCUUUGCUUCUUGUAGGACGUUUUAUCAGAUUUGAGGAAGAGUUCUUCUGAAUGGCCCAAAGACCUGAUCUUGCAGUUAGGUGGACCUUCUGAAUUCAGCUGCAUCCCGGGACCCAUUUUUGCAUUGCGCUGUUUAGCGAUGUGGAAAUAUUUGGAGAAUUGGCAGCAAUCGCUCUAUGCUUGGAAAUCCAGUUUUCUUGAUCUGGGCUUUCACUGUACCAUAACUGGCUCUUUGGACCCCAGCAGGAGCGUCCGUCAAUGUUUUUUUUUUAAAAAUUGUAUAAUGAUUUUGUACAGAAGAGAGAAGAUGGAAGUUAUUUUAUUGGUGCAAGUGUUUCUUUUUAACCAUUGUGCGUUACCCAAAGUAAAUUGGACUUUGAGGCCCUUCGGUUGGCUCAUAGCUUUAUUUUAGAAUAAAAUGGCUUCUGAACUUGAGCGUUAAACUAUA